AUGAUAUCCGCAUCGAAAAAGGUCGAAGUUAUUUGCUGCGAUGGAGGCAGUAUUGAAAACCACCCAGAUUACCCUGGCUUCAAUCAAGAAUCCAAAAUAUUACCGCAUGGCUCUGUUUUUAAGGAAGGGGCCCUAGCACUUCCAUGUGACAUACUGUACGAACGCGAUGUCCCAGUCAAGCUACGUGAUGGCAUAACAAUAUAUAUUGAUUUGUAUCGGCCACCUGGAAUGGACACCACCAAAGUCCCCGUCAUCGUAAAUGGGGGUCCUUUUGGGAAACUAGGAGGUUUCAAUAGGGCAAGGUUCAACGAGAUGCCAUACAGAAUGGGUGUUCCACAAUGUACAGUGAGCUCGUUGGAGAAGUUUGAAGGCUUGGAUCCCGCAUAUUGGUGUUUGCACGGCUACGCAAUUGCUCAUCCUGACGAUCGGGGCUCAUGGAUGUCAGAAGGAGACGCACACCUUGAUUUCACGCUCCAUGGUCAGGAUGGCUAUGACUUGGUCGAAUGGCUGGCGGCCCAGAGCUGGUGCAAUGGGAAGGUAUCAUAUGCAGGUAACUCAUGGCUAUCACAGAUUCAAUGGUCUAUCGGGGCGGAACAACCACCUCACUUGGCUUGUCUUGCGCCAUGGGAAGGCUGGUGUGAUCUUUACAACGAUGAUGCUGUCAGAGGAGGCAUACCGGCCCCGGAGUUCCAGCAGAAUCUGCUAACCUAUUCAUCACCCUCAAAUGGAAAAGCGGAGAACAUCAGCGCGAUGGCCGCCAAAUAUCAACUAUGGAACGAGUAUUGGGAAAAUCGAAAGGCAACGUUGGAUCGCAUUACUGUCCCGCUAUAUAUUGUAUCAAGUUGGACAAAUCUCUUGCAUACGCGUGGCACUUUGAAAGGAUAUCUCGGGGUGGCCAGCGAGGAGAAGUGGUUGCGCGUGCACAACAGCCACGAAUGGCCGGAUUUAUACUACCCGCAAAACGUUGAGGACUUACGUAAGUUCUACGACUAUUAUCUAAAGGGGAUCAAGAACGACUGGAUUUACACACCAAAAGUCAGGAUGUGUGUUCUAAACCCGGGAGACAGCGAUGUGAUCAAUCGACCAGAAGGAGAAUUUCCUUUGGCUCGUGAGGUCUCGAAGAAGAUGUUUCUCGGCAGCAAUGAUUUUAGCCUCCAGAUGAAUGAAGUGGUACCGAAUGCUGCUUCCACUCGUUUCGACGCACGUACAGGCAAAGCAGAGUUUUUCUAUACCUGCCCAGACGAGAUGGAAUUGACCGGGUUCUUCUCCCUAAAGCUAUGGGUUGAGGCAGUGGAUACGGACGAUCUUGAUUUGUUUGUGAAGGUGUCCAAGCUAGACUCUGACGGAAAACUGCUGGAGACCAUGUGUAUUGAUGCAGGUUACCUACAGCCGAACCCAGAUGCAGUACGGCAGAAAGUCCUUGAUGAGCAUCGUGCGGGAAAUAAAGCAUACGAUCUAUUUUUCUCCGAAGGUUCGACUGGCAGGUUACGGGUGAGCCAUCGUGAUCUUGACGAGGCCAGAUCAACCCCAAGCCAACCUGUUUAUACCCAUCGCAAGGAAGAUAAACUUCAGCCGGGCGAGAUCGUCCCUGCUCUCAUCGAGAUGUGGCCCCACGGUAUGCUCUGGGGUCGCGGCCAGAAGCUCAUGUUGACGGUGGCUGGCUACAAUACAAGACCGGAGCACACACCCAAUCUCACGCCACCAACUUACAAUAAGGGCACUGCAGUGAUCCAUACAGGAGGAAAGUAUGAUUCGCACUUACUGGUUCCUUUCAUCCCUCCGGUGUGA